AUGGUAAUGUGCUGCACACGAGCAAUUCAAAAGCUUUUUCCAUUUGUUGUCGCAUCAGAAUCACUGUACAUCCCAAUGUAUCGUACUAUUGCUAUAUCGCAGUGCUUAUUUACUGAUCGGUAUUAUACAAAAAAGCAUGAAUGGGUCAUCAUCGAAGGUAAUACAGCAGUUGUUGGAAUCAGUGAUUUUGCGCAGGCAUCGUAUGGUGAUAUUGUUUAUGCAGAACUGCCUGAAGUUGGGAAAGAAUUACAUGCAGGCGAUUCAGUUGGAGCAGUGGAAAGUGUUAAAGCAGCGUCAGAUAUCUAUUCACCUAUUUCUGGAACAGUUACGGAAAAGAACAUCGAAGUUGAAAACACUCCGUCAUUGAUCAACAAAUCUGCCCUUGAUAAAGGUUGGUUAUUCAAAUUGAAGGUAAAAGAUGCAAAUGAACUGAAAGAACUGAUGAAUGAGGCAGCUUACGAAGCAUUCAAAAAAAUGGAAGAGCAAGAAGCUGUUAUCUAG